AUGGCAGCGGUAUUCGACGAUAUAAGGCUUGAGGACAUCCCUGUGGAUGAUGUGGAUAUGCAGGACCUUGAGGAGACGUAUGCUGUAGAGCGGAGCAUCGAAUUUGACAGAUACGUGGUUGUCGACGGGGCGCCGGUGGCGCCGGAGGCGAAGGUGGGCGCGCUGCAGAAGGUGCUGACGAAGCUAUUUUCGCAGGCGGGGUCAGUGGUGGACAUGGAUGUGCCUGUCGAAGAGGGGCGGACGAAGGGACACCUUUUCAUUGAGUUUGAGGACGCCGGCGCUGCGCGGCGGGCGAUCAAGAUGUUCAACGGGAAGAAGUUGGACGUCAAGCACCGCCUGUGGGUGAACGGACUAGACGACAUGGAGCGCUACGGGCGGCCGGACUUUUCAACGGAAUACCGGGAGCCUGUGGUGCCGGAGUUCGAGGCGACGGAAUACCCACGGUCGUGGUUGCAGGACGAGACGGGUCGGGACCAGUUUGUGCUGCAGAAGGGCGAGAUGACGGCUGUAUUCUGGAACCGGAACAACCUGCAGCCGGAGAACGUUGUCGAACCGCGCCGCAACUGGUCGAACUCUAUCUUGAACUUCUCGCCUCACGGUACGUACCUAUUCUCGUUCCACGACCAGGGCAUUGCGUCCUGGGGUGGGCCGCAGUUCAAGCGUCUCCGUCGGUUUGCGCACCCUGAUGUUAAGGCGAUCUCCAUGUCCUCGACCGAGAAGUACCUGGUUACCUUUUCGUCGGAACCUCUAGAAGUCUCGGAUGAACCUAACGAGGCUUGUCCAUUCGGGCCCGAGUCGCGGGGCCACCAGCUAUGUAUAUGGGAUGUGGCAACAGGUGUCUGCGUGAAGACCUUUGCGCUGCCGCCUCAGCAGCAGCUGCAAUGGCCUAUGGUCAAGUGGUCCUUUGACGACAAGUUCUGCGCUCGUCUUGGCCCUGGCGCAAUUGCUGUGUACGAGACCGAGAAGAACUUCCAGCUGUUGGGCGGUAAGGUGAUGAAGAUCGAGGAUGUUCAGGACUUCUCCUUUGCUCCUAAGGGCAUCAAGUUGGCGUCAAACAGACCCAACGACCCACCAUCUACUGUCAUGGUAUACUGGACUCCAGAGUCGAACAACCAGUCGUGUAAAGCUGUCCUGAUUGAGCUACCGAACCGCCGUGUUCUGCGUACCAUCAACUUGGUGCAGGUUACUGAUGUCUCCUUCCAUUGGCAGAACCAGGCAGAGUUCCUCUGUGUACAGGUGGACCGUCACACGAAGUCUAGGAAGACCAUCUUCACCAACAUGGAGAUUUGCUCUUUGACUGCCAGAGAGUUUCCAUUUGAGAAGGUGGAGAUUAAGGACCGCUGCAUGCGCUUUGCAUGGGAACCUAAUAGCGACCGUUUCGUGAUCAUUUCGAGAUCUGAGAAUGUUAACGAUAACCCUGCUAUUGCGAAGAACGUUGUGAGCUUCUACGCGCCUGAGAAGAAGGUCGACAAGAAGGGUGUCAUCAUUGACAAAGAGCUCAGCAUCUUCAAGAAGUGGAAACUUGUGCGUGCCAUCGACGGCAAGUUCUCCAACGAAAUUACCUGGUCACCUGCUGGACGUUUUGUAUGCGUCGCUGCUAUUGGUAAGAUUGGUUCCCGUAACGAGAACAUUGAUUUCUACGAUAUGGACUAUCCAAACACUGAAAAGAUCAUUAACACUGCUACUGACGUUAACGCUACCCUGAGAGACGUUGCCCACAUCAACUACGCCAGUGCCACUGAUUACGAAUGGGACCCAAGUGGACGGUACCUUGCCUUCUGGUCUUCCGCGUGGAAGCACAAGGCCGAAAAUGGAUACAAGGUAUUCAACUUGGCCGGUGCCAUCGUGCGUGAGGAGCUCAUCACCGACUUUAACAACUUCUUCUGGAGACCAAGACCAGACUCUCUACUAUCCAACUCUGAGAAGAAGAAGGUCAGAAAGAACCUCAAGGAAUGGUCCGCGCACUUUGAAGAGCAGGAUGCUAUGGAGGCGGACAGUGCUACAAGAGAGUUAAUCCUAAAGAGACGCAACUGGUUGGAUGAAUGGUCCAAGUACAGAGAGGCUUGCAAGCAAACCCUAUCCGAAAGUGGAUUGUCCAUUUGCGAUUGUGUCGAACUGUCAACUAAGGAUGAGGACUGUGAGCUUGUCGAGGAGAUUAGAGAGACUGUGGUUGAGGAGUCCACCGAGGAAGUGCCAUUUUUCGAGGAGUAA